UUGUGGAACGUCCGUUGGGAGGCGGGCGCGGAGGGAUGGUUCGGAGUUACCCGCACCUGACCUUCCCGGGUGUCGCCUUCACCCGGCGUCCCAGAUACUGCGCGCUAGAUGCGCAUUCGGGUGUUUCCGGCAGGUGACGCUACCGCGUCCUCGGAGCGGGACUUUAAGGAGGCCCUGAAACAUUCUUGGCUGAAGCAACAAGGCUGGCGCGCGGAGCCUUUAAGGAGGCCCAGAGUGGAGUAGUUGCAGUGCGGAGUGCUCCGGGUCUGUCUCUUAUAAAGAGCAUAUUGCUGAGCUUUCCCUCUUCUAUCCUGUUUGACUUAUUUUAAUAGACUCUUGGUGUUUCUAUUGGUUCGACAUGAGUUGCUGAGUCUGAGUUGUCUUCCAAACUCCUGCUAUCUCAGUAUCUCUGGUCCUGGCUCCACAAAGAUAGGACAGAUCUGUGAUGUAAGGAGAAAGAAGCAUGAAGAGCAGGUAUCUGUUAUGGAAGGAGACCUCCUGAUCUGAGACCUUCCCCACCAGCUGGGGAGUCCUGAGAUAGAGUGGACCCUGGAAUUGCUAGACCUGCACCCUGUCUUAACCCCUCUGUAUGGAUUGUGGAAGGACUGAAGGACAUUUUAACCUUCAGAGAUCAACAGUAGCAGUGUGACAAUGAAGCGUUUGACUCGGAUGAUGGAAAGGACAGCUUGGCAUUCUCCAGACUCUGCCCUUUUCCAGGAAGAAGAGGAUAUGGCCAGUUCUCUUGAAACAGUGACAUUUAAGGAUGUGGCUGUGGACCUCACCCAGGAGGAAUGGCAGCAAAUGAAACCUGCUCAGAGGAACUUGUACCGUGAUGUGAUGCUGGAGAACUACAGCAACCUAGUUACAGUGGGUUGUCAAGUCACCAAACCAGAUGUGAUCUUCAAGUUGGAGCAGGAAGAGGAGCCAUGGGUGGUAGAAGAAGAAAUGCUUGGGAGGCACUGUCCAGAAGUUUGGAAAGUUGAUGAACAGAUCAAGAAGCAACAGGAAACCCUUGUGAGGAAUGUCACAUCCAUCUCCAAGAAAACUCUGAUUAAGGAAAAUGCCCUUGAAUAUAAAAAUGUUGCAAAAGUAUUUCCUCUGGACUCAGACAUUGUUACUUCAAGACAAAAGUUCUUCGAAUGUGACUCACUUGAUAAGGAUUUUGAACAUAGUUUAGACUUAUUUAGUUAUGAGAAAGGCUUUAUAAAAAAGAAAAGUUAUGAAUGUAAUAAGUAUGGGAAACCAUUUUACCAUUGUUCAUCCCAUGUCAUAACCCCCUUUAAGUGUAAUCAGUGUGGACAGGACUUUAGUCAUAGAUUUGACCUCAUCAGACAUGAGAGAAGUCAUGCUGGAGAGAAACCCUAUGAAUGUAAGGAAUGUGGAAAAGCUUUCAGUAGGAAGGAAAAUCUUAUUACACAUCAAAAAAUUCAUACUGGGGAAAAACCAUAUAAGUGUAAUGAAUGUGGAAAAGCUUUCAUUCAGAUGUCAAACCUUAUUAGACACCAGAGAAUUCAUACUGGAGAGAAACCUUAUGCAUGUAAGGAUUGUUGGAAGGCCUUCAGCCAGAAAUCAAAUCUCAUUGAACAUGAGAGAAUUCAUACUGGAGAAAAACCCUAUGAAUGUAAGGAAUGUGGAAAAGCCUUCAGCCAGAAGCAAAAUCUUAUUGAACAUGAGAAAAUUCAUACUGGUGAGAAACCUUAUGCAUGUAAUGAAUGUGGUAGAGCUUUUUCUCGGAUGUCAUCUGUUAAUCUACAUAUGAGAAGUCACACAGGGGAGAAACCCUAUAAAUGUAAUAAAUGUGGAAAAGCCUUCUCCCAAUGCUCAGUAUUUAUUAUACAUAUGAGAAGUCAUACAGGUGAGAAACCCUAUGUAUGUAGUGAAUGUGGAAAAGCAUUCUCUCAAAGUUCAUCCCUUACUGUACACAUGAGAAAUCAUACAGCUGAGAAACCUUAUGAAUGUAAUGAAUGUGGAAAAGCCUUCAGCCGGAAAGAAAAUCUCAUUACACAUCAGAAAAUUCAUACUGGAGAAAAACCUUAUGAAUGUAAUGAAUGUGGGAAAGCUUUUAUUCAGAUGUCAAACCUCAUCCGACACCAGAGAAUUCAUACUGGUGAAAAACCCUAUGCAUGUACGGUAUGUGGAAAAGCCUUUAGUCAGAAAUCAAAUCUCACAGAACAUGAAAAAAUUCAUACUGGAGAGAAACCCUAUCAUUGUAAUCAGUGUGGAAAAGCUUUCAGUCAGAGACAAAACCUCCUUGAACAUGAAAAAAUUCAUACUGGAGAGAAACCAUUUAAAUGUAAUGAGUGCGGUAAAGCUUUUUCUCGAAUCUCAUCCCUUACUCUUCAUGUUAGAGUCAUACAGGGGAGAAACCGUAUGAAUGUAAUAAAUGUGGAAAAGCCUUCUCUCAAUGCUCAUUACUUAUUAUACAUAUGAGAAUUCACACUGGUGAGAAACCCUAUGAAUGUAAUGAAUGUGGAAAAGCAUUCUCUCAAAGAGCAUCCCUUUCUAUACAUAAGAGAGGUCAUACAGGUGAGAAACGC